AUGAAGAGGAGUAGGAACGAGCAUAACUCGUCACAAGAAGAGCAGGAAUUUCUCAGAGAAAGCAAAUUAGUAGCCAGAUCACCUCAACAUAAAGAAAAGGUAAAACAGCCAGAACCCAGCAUGGAUGAAAUCAAACAAAUGCUGCGCGAUCUUAAAAAAGACUUACAUGAGGAUAUGGCACAAAUAAAGAGAGAAAUUCAAAAUGACAUCAGGGAAAUGAGAGAGGACAUAAAGGACACCAAAAAAGAGCUGCAGAAGAACCGAGAGGAAAUGAAAAGCAUGGCGAAGGAAAUCACCCAAAUGAAGGAAGAAUGGACGAGAGAAAAAGAAGAACUACAUAACAAAAUAAAGGAAGUGGAGGACAAGAUGGAAAGGAUGGAAAAACAAAAAAUUCGAAACGACUUAACAAUAACUGGACUUCCAACGAAUACCGAUAAUGAAGAUACACUCGAAGAAGCUUUGGAAAAAAUGUUUCAGACAGAACUCCUUUUGAAAACAAAGAUACGUAGAGCGCAGAAGAUAGGACAAGAUAGAUGCAUAGUCGAAAUGGUAGAAUGGAAUGACAAAAUAAAGAUACUCCAAGGAAAAGCAAAGCUAAAGGGAAAAGACAUUUUCAUAGACUCGGAACUUACAAGAAAUGAACAAAAAAUCCAGAAAAAAAUAAGAGAUAUAGCCAGAGAAGAAAAGAAAAAAGGUGCUAUCGUAAAAGUGGGUUAUCAGAAAUUAGAAGUGAACGGGAAGAAAAUGAAGUGGGAUCAUAGGUCCCAGAAACUCACAGAGGCAAACAAGUUAAAAAACUAA